AUGACGAAACCUAUCAAACUUUCCGAUAAAACUUCAUAUAACAGUUUUCUUAAUAAAUUUGAUACUUUUUUAAUUGACUGUGAUGGAGUCAUAUGGCAUCAUAAUACUCUUAUUCCUAAAGUUAAAGAAGCCUUGGAGUUAUUUCGAAAAAAUGCAUAUGCAGCAGCUUAUUAUCUUAAGAAUGUUAUUAAAUUUCCAAAUGACAAAAAAGUUUACGUAAUUGGGGAAUCUGGAAUUACCGAGGAAUUGAGUCUUGAAGGAUUUCAUUAUUGUGGAUCUUAUGUAAUUAAAAUUAUUCCAAAUUCUGAGGUUGGAGCAGUUAUUUGUGGUUUUGAUACACAUCUCAAUUACAAGAAAAUAGCAAAAGCCUUCACUUAUUUAUAUUCAAAUCCAGAUUGUAUUUUCAUGUUGACCAAUGAUGAUACAACAUUUCCUUCUAAUGGAACUAUUUAUCCAGGUACAGGAUCUUUGGUUACUCCUUUAAUUACAUCAUUAAAUAGAAAUCCUGAUGUGACAAUAGGAAAACCAAAUAAACCUAUGUUAGAUUGUAUGAUUCAAAAAUUAUAUUUGAAUGUUGAAAGAACUUGUAUGAUUGGAGAUCGUUUAAAUACAGAUAUUCAAUUUGGAAUUAAUGGAGUAUCAACUGAACAAGAAAUUUUAGUCAAAGAUGCUUCAAUUGUUCCUGAUUAUUAUGUUUCAAAUCUUAUUAGGGUUAGAAUGAAUGUAGCAAUAUGGAAAAAACAAGUCAGCUUUAUUGCAUUAAUACGGGAAAAAUCCCCGGAUUUGAAAUAUCAUCAGCGUUAA